AUGCUCGUGGCGUUGACUGCGAUGUGCCUGGCCGCGGUGGCUUGGGCUUGCGACACGCCCGUGUAUCGCUACGCGAUGUACAAUUGGACGGCAGAGUCGUACGUGGUGGUUUACGCUUAUGAAGGUGAGCCAGAUCCGGCCGAUCAAGGCGCAAACGAUCUGCUGAUCAAUUCGGAAACUGCCGACAGCCCGGCCAAUAUCCGCUUCCUGACGAUCGAUCUCACGAACCCGGAUGAAGUCCAGCAACUGCCCCCAGAGAUGCAAGCCGGGCUCGAGGGCAGCGAGACCGAGCCCCCAUACCAUGCGGUUUUUACUCCGCACAAUCAGCUACUUCAAAAGGAAAGGCUUUCCGAAUCCACUGCCCGGCAGCUGAUUGAGUCUCCUGCUCGCAACGAGUUGGCAGAACUUCUCCGAGAGGGCUCAGCCGGGGUGCUGAUUUUGCUGGAGUGCGAAGACGAAGAAGCAAACGCUGAGGCCAAGGAGGCGGCCGAGGCCGCGAUCGCCCGCGCGGCCGCCGGAGAAAUCCGCCCCUUCACGCUAGCGGGGGCGGGCGUGGAAGAGGAGGAAGUCGAACCCUUUGAGGUUGGCCUAAUCGUGGUGUCGCGCGGAGAUCCCGAAGAGCAGGCCCUCGUGAAUAUGCUGCUCGACGUGGAAGACGACCUGCGGGAUUUCAACGACCCGAUGAUUUUCGGAGUUUACGGAAGGGCACGAGCCGGGUGGCCGUAUCUGGGGCAGGGCAUCACCAAAGAAAACAUGGACGACUGUCUGGCAUUCAUGUCGGGGGCUUGCUCGUGCGAGGUGAAGGAACAAAACCCGGGGAUGGAUCUUCUGGUGGCCGCCAACUGGAACGCUGCAGCAGAAUCGCUGGCUAUUAAGUUCCAGGACGACAGUGCCGACGAGUUCCUGAAUGCCGAGGCAAUGUUCCCGGCAGUAAUCAACACACUCGAAACCGAGCAAGAAACCGAGGAAUCACCCGUCGAGACAGCCUCGGUAGAACUGACAGAGGAUGACGACCGCCUGGCCGCCGCAGAUCGGGUUGAUCUCGAUGCCGCUCCGGCCAGCGAUGCAGCCGCAGCGGAAGAAGCAACCAUUGAGCUAAUCGAAGAGAGCCCGAGUUCGCCACCGGCCCCGCUCGCUGCCCCCGUCUAUCACCGCGACGGCCAAGACGUCGUCGCACUCGAUAACGUCUCGCUGAACAUUGAUGCCGGUGAGUUCGUCUGCGUGCGUGGGCCAAGCGGGUGCGGCAAGUCGACGUUGCUCACGCUGGUUGGCGGUCUGGGCACCCCAAGCUCGGGGCGUGUGAUAGUCGCAGGGAAUGAUUGGGGGGCGAUGUCGGCCUCGCAACGGGCUCACCAGAGGGCCACGACGGUGGGGUUCGUCUUCCAGCUGUUCCACCUGUUGCCAUACCUAACAGUGUUGGACAACGUGCUGCUGGCCACUUCGCAAUCGUCGCAUGCCGACACGCGCAAGCGAGCCGAGCAACUGCUCGAGCGGUUCAAUCUUUCGCAUCGCCUUACGCAUCGUCCGGCCGAGUUAAGCAUCGGUGAACGUCAACGCGUUGCCAUGGCGAGGGCCCUCUUGAACGAGCCCCCGCUAUUAUUGGCAGACGAACCCACGGGCAAUCUCGACCCAGAGAAUGCCACGGCGAUCAUGAGCCACAUCGAAGAGUUCCAUCGGGCUGGUGGAACCGUAGUGCUGGUCACGCACGAUGCGGCCGCAGCCAAUGUGGCGCAGCGAACCGUCAUGCUUCGCAACGGCGCGGUAGAAGAAGCAAGCACCACCGCAACCGGGUAA